GGUAUAUUAGCCGGAGAGUCAGUAUAUAUAGGGCGUUGGUAGUCCAGUAGAUAUUGCUGCCAGUUACAGUUCAAUUGAACAACAGGGACAUUAGUAUCUAACAUGAGCACCCGGGUUCUUCGGGCCAAGCGUUCGCCCUUCAAGGCACGCCAAUCAUUCCAUAACCAAGCAAAUUUUCGUUCCUUCUCCUCCUGCACUCGCCGCCAUGUCGAUGAUAAACUCAACAAGGUCUCCUCUCAUAUCACGCAACCAAAAUCACAAGGCGCCUCCCAGGCAAUGUUAUACGCGACCGGCCUGGACGAGCAGGACAUGUCCAAAGCCCAAGUCGGAAUAUCAUCAGUAUGGUUCGAAGGUAAUCCUUGCAACAAGCACCUACUGGACUUGUCAUCCUUGGUACGCGACUCGGUCGCAAAGGCCGGUCUCGUACCGAUGCGCUUCAACUCCAUCGGAGUAUCAGAUGGAAUCAGCAUGGGAACGACGGGUAUGCGGUACAGUUUACAAAGCCGGGAGAUCAUCGCAGAUGGUAUCGAGACGGUGAUGAAUGGACAGUGGUACGAUGCCAACAUCUCGUUACCCGGCUGCGACAAGAAUAUGCCCGGUGUCCUAAUGGCCAUGGGUCGUGUCAAUCGUCCCAGUAUCAUGAUGUAUGGUGGAAGUAUUAAGCCCGGAUGUUCUGCGACCGGGCAACCGCUUGAUCUGGUUAGUGCUUUUCAGUCGUAUGGUCAGUAUAUUACGGGACAAAUCGAUGAGAAGCAACGUUUCGAUAUUAUUCGCAAUGCGUGUCCUGGUAGCGGUGCUUGUGGUGGUAUGUAUACUGCGAACACGAUGGCUACUGCGAUUGAAACCCUGGGGAUGACCAUGACAGGGAGUAGUAGUACUCCCGCUGAGGACCCGGCUAAAAGGGCUGAAUGUGAGCAGAUCGGUGAGACGGUCAGGAACCUCUUGAAAGAGGAUAUUCGUCCGAAGGAUAUACUUACGCGACAAGCGUUUGAGAAUGCAAUGAUCGUGGUCAACAUCCUCGGCGGCAGUACAAACGCUGUUCUGCAUCUGAUUGCCGUCGCCGACUCGGUGGGGAUCAAGUUAACAAUCGAUGACUUCCAAGCCGUGUCGGACAAGACGCCAUUCCUCGCUGAUCUCAAACCCUCUGGCAAGUACGUUAUGCACGAUUUGUAUAAAAUCGGUGGCACGCCGGCACUUCUUAAGUUCCUCCUCAAGGAGGGUCUCAUCGAUGGCUCGGGAAUCACAGUCACAGGCAAAACAAUGAAAGAAAAUGUAGCCUCGUGGCCAGACUUUCCAGCAGAUCAGCCAAUUAUCCGUCCGCUAAGCAACCCUAUCAAGCCUACGGGUCAUCUUCAGAUCUUGCGUGGAUCCUUGGCCCCGGGGGGCUCGGUCGGCAAGAUCACCGGAAAAGAGGGUCUACGAUUUGAGGGUACAGCCAGGUGCUAUGACUACGAGGAUGCUUUCGUCGAGGCACUAGAACGAGGUGAGAUCAAGCAAGGCGAGAAAACAGUCGUGAUCAUCCGUUAUGAGGGGCCAAAGGGUGGACCAGGCAUGCCGGAGAUGCUGAAACCCAGCUCCGCUAUCAUGGGCGCCGGGCUUGGGAAGGAUGUUGCGCUGCUCACUGAUGGUCGAUUUUCUGGUGGCAGUCAUGGCUUCUUGAUUGGACAUAUUGUGCCAGAGGCCAUGGAGGGUGGUCCAAUUGCAUUGGCCAGAGAUGGCGAUAGGGUUGUUAUCGAUGCGGAAAAGCGAGUGGUUGACCUGGAGGUGUCCAGUGAAGAGAUGGAAAGAAGGCGAGGCGAGUGGAAGGUGCCUAAGCCAAGGGCUACGAAGGGAACCCUACGGAAGUAUGCGACUCUAGUCAGCGAUGCCAGCCAUGGUUGUGUCACCGAUGGGCCCAUAUGAUGAAGAGAUAGUAUAUUGGAAAAACCUUGCGGGACGAACUGAAUCGCCAGGAUUUCUAACUCUUGGACCGUAAACGGCAUAUAUAGCUGGCAAUAUAGGGCGCUUUUGCUUUGCUUUAGCACAGAUCAAAGAUACCGCAAAGGCACACUCGGACCACUCGGUGCAUAGACACAUUGCACAGUAGCUAGGCCCUAAAGUACUGAGAUCAUUUUUAACUAUCAUUAUAUAUGGACAGUGAUGCGCGCUUGUUGCAAAU